AACUAUCGACCCGUGGAAGCAAGGCAAUGAACGUCACUUUCAUCAAGACUGCAAACAAAUUCCUGGAGAGAGGCUAGGCUCAUCACAUCUUUCUUCUCUCCUUUUCUUUCCCUAAACGCGGAUUCUUUUUUCUUUUCUUCUGUUUUACCUAUUAAACCACCAUUUUUUCAACGCCCAUUCUACACAUACAUUUCAAUUCAACCAUCAGACCCAACCAAUUCAUAUAUCUGACGCCAACCCAUUUCUCAUCUGACGUCUAAUUUCAACCCCAUCUUUUUUGAUCUUGCUGAAUCUCCUUGAUUAUAAAACCCCCAAUUUGAGAUUUUCUUAUUUCUUGUACUUGGGUUCUUGAUUUGCUUGUUUUCUAUGGCUUCCGCUGCGAUUUUUUCCUCGUUGAGGAGGAGGAGGUCGCCGUCGGUUGACGCGUUUGUGGCGCCGGUGGAUUUGACUGAUGGGGCGCUUUUGAAUACGCUCUUUGCGGUUACUUCGGAGAUGACGUCAUCUUUAUCGGGCGUGACGUCAGCGUUUGGCGGUGGGGGUUUGAUGUUUCAGAGGAGGAAUUCGAGAGCUUUGGUGCGUAAGAUUAAGGUAAUUCAUGUUAUGUUGGAGAAUUUGUGUGAGUUGGGUUCGAAUUUGCCGGGUUCUGCGGUUCUUUGUUUAAGAGAAAUGUAUUUAGUGUUGUAUAGAUGUAAAGUGUUGCUUGACUAUUGUCUACAGUCUAGUGUGUUGUGGCUUUUGAUUCAGAAUCAUUCGAUUUCGGGGAAUUUUCAUGAUUUGAGCUUGGAAAUAUCGACCCUUUUGGAUGUUUUUCCGUUAGGUGAUGUUGAAUUGAGUGAUGAUGUCAGGGAACAGAUUGAGUUGUUGCGAAAACAAUGUAGAAAUACAAGGUUAUUGAUUGAUAAACAAGAUGAGAUUUUGAGAAGGAAGUUGUUUUCGUUUUUAUAUGAGUUUGAGAGUGGGAGGGUUCCGGAGACCAUGGAAUUGUAUCUUUUUUUUGUGGACAAAUUGCGAAUUACGGAUGUUAAGAGUUUUAGAGCUGAAAUUGAGUUCUUGGAAGAGCAAAUUGUUAAUCAAGAAGGUGAUAUUGAGCCUACCGCUUCUGUGCUUUAUGGAUUUGUUGCACUGGCUCGGUACUGUCGGUUUUUGUUGUUUGGUUUUAAAAACGGUGAGUCAGGAUUGAGAGACAAGCUAAAGAAAGGAAAGAGAAGGUUAGCUAGUCAAGAAAUCACCGACACUUUUAUCUCGGUUCCGAAAGAUUUUGCUUGUCCUAUUACACUGGAUCUGAUGCUGGAUCCUGUCAUAAUCUCUACCGGACAAACUUAUGAUCGAUCUUCAAUAACAAGGUGGAUGGAAGAAGGACAUUGUACGUGUCCGAAGACAGGACAGGUUUUGAUUCACACACAACUUGUACCUAAUAGGGCCCUCAGGAAUUUGAUUAUGCAGUGGUGUAAUGCUCAUGGAAUCAUCUAUAAUUCUCCCGAGGGCUUAGAUUCUUCAGAAAUGUUUGCAGCACCUUCAGCAAGCAAGGCUGCAAUUGAAGCUAAUAAAGCUACGGCCCAACUUCUUAUUCAACAGCUUGCAGAUGGGUCACAGGGUGCUAAAACUGUUGCUGCUCGAGAAAUACGUUUAUUAGCAAAAACUGGUAGAGAAAACCGCGCUUAUAUUGCAGAAGCUGGUGCAAUACCCCAUUUGAAGGCUCUGCUUUCCUCUGUAAAUGCUGUAGCACAAGAAAAUUCAGUUACUGCCAUGCUUAACCUUUCAAUUUAUGACAAGAAUAAAAGCCGGAUUGUGGAUGAAACAGGAUGUUUAGGAUCUAUUGUUAAAGUUCUGAGAUUUGGUCACACAACUGAGGCAAGGGAAAAUGCAGCUGCAACUUUGUUUAGCCUUUCUGCAGUUCAUGAUUACAAGAAAAGAAUAGCACAAGAAGAUGGUGCGGUUGAAGCCUUGGCAGGGCUCUUGACGGAGGGCACACAAAGAGGAAAGAAGGAUGCUGUGACGGCUUUAUUUAACCUAUCAACUCACAUGGAUAAUUGUGCAAAAAUGAUAGACUCCGGGGCAGUAGCAGCAUUAGUACAGGCUCUCGGUUUUGACGGUGUUGCAGAAGAAGCAGCGGGUGCAUUAGCCCUUAUAGUCAGGCAGCCAAUUGGGGCUGAAGCAGUUGGCAAUGAGGAAACAGCCGUGGCAGGACUAAUCAGUAUGAUGCGAUCCGGGAGUCCUAAAGGGAAAGAGAAUGCAGUUGCUGCAUUGCUUGAAUUAUGCCGAGGAGGUGGCGCAGCUGCAACACAGAGGGUUUUGAAGGUACCUGCAAUGAUAGGUUUACUCCAUAGCUUACUUUUCACAGGUACGAAGAGAGCAAGAAGAAAAGCAGCAUCACUUGCUAGAGUUUUCCAGAGGUGUGAGAAUGCACCAUUACAUAUUAAUGGGUUGGGUAUUGGUUAUCCAUUUUCUGGGAACUCAGCCGCAAACAGGGAUUCAAGUUUUGCCGGGGAUGUUUCGGUGCCAAUGUCUAUCUCUGUUCCAGUUGUAUAGAUUCUAAGCUUUGUUGGCCUCUCAAAUUCCUUAGAACCCCAAAAUGAGGCUUGCAGCCUCGAACACUAGCUCAAAUCGCAGCAAGGGACAAUACACAUAACAAAUAUGUCAAGGUUCGUCAAAUUUUGCUUUUACUUGUACCUGAUGCAGCAUUCUUUCUUCUUUAUAGUAUCUGAUUUUGCUUCAGCUAAGACGGCUACUCUAUUUCAAGUCAACCGCUUCAGCCAUUUGGCACAAUGUUUAUACUCUGGUGCAGUUAACACCAUGAACCAUAUGGCACAAAACCACAAGUGCAAUUCAUAAUGUAUUGCAGUUAGCAAUGUGAGUCAUUUGGCUUCAACUACUCAUAUGGAAGAGUAACAUCAGAUCUCGAGCAGUAGCUGUUUUAUAAAUUUACGGAUCAACUACUGCUAAGGUAGAAUGUCGAAUAUUAUGCUUAACAGAGUAGUUCUAUGAACUCUUUUAUACAAGUACACAAGGAAUCAUUGGCACUCUGCAUUUGUUCUGUCGACUGUUGACCUUAUUCUUUAAUAUCAAAUCUCAGUAAAUCUUAAAUCAACAAAAACUGAAAUAUAUCCUCCAGAAGCAAGACCAAAUUAAGUUCUUCCGACUCGGGAGUGUGAUGGUCGGAGAUGGGUAUUUUAGCGUGGUUAUGUAUAAUUGUAU